AUGAAGUCCUUUGGCAUCCUUUCAACUUUCGUCUUCACCGCCGCUGCUGCACCUCUGGCCCCCCGCCAAGAAGCAAUCCAAACGACCAACUUCUCCGCCGCUACUGUGCAAGGCGGUCCCGGCGCCUCAAUUUUCGCCCUCCGGGCGCCGGUCGUCAUGGCCUCACCAGAGGUCUCAAACCGCCGCGCGCGCCCGCAGAGCACGCCGCAGGCUUUGCCGCAGGGCCAGGCCGAGUCGGGACACGUAUCUCUCGACACGCGCACCGCUAACGCGCCUCAGCCGGCUGGCCGCGGAAGGUACUCCAGCCUCCCGGCCCUGGCCAUCAAAACACUGCAGCAGGAGUUGGAAAACGUGGAAACAGUCGGCAGCUGGCUCGAAGAGGUCUUUGCAGCCAAGCUCGAAAGUUUACAGGCCCCGGAGGACGCCGCGCUUAGGAGAAUUGUUCUUGAAUUUGACGACGUGAUCAGCGGCUGGUUCCUCAGUCGCACCCUCCCUGAAAAAGAGCGUUCGCGCUCCCCGUCGCGUUCGCCGACCAGUUCCAGCGAAAGGCGCAGCAUUUUAAUUACGAGGACGGGCACGGCGUCGUCGGCCUUUAAAGGCAGAGGCACGCCCACUAACAAAUCGGUCACAUGGGCCGAGCGAGCCGCCACGCCACCAGCGGCGGCCCCAACGCCAAUUUUAACCCCGGCCACGCGCUCGUACCCGAUACGUACGACGCCCGGCAAUGCACCUGACAGCUCCGCAACUCCCUCCCAAUCGGGCCGGGACCGCUCCCAAGCCCCGAAACGUUUGACAGAACAGCCGUCCAACCGCAUCCUGAUCCGCGUAAAUGACAAAUUGCGGAUGGUGACGAGGGAGCCAUACGCGGUAACGACCAAACUGGCCGAAUUGGUCUCGGUGCCACACAGUGAAAUCCCAAACGCCAAGCGUACCCCCACGGGCUGGGGUGUUACGGUGGCCUCUGAGGAAACACGGCAAAAACUCCUCAACCCCAGCGCGGUCAAGGCCAUUAUGGACGCAUUGGACGCGCGGGAAGUCACUGUCCCGACAACCUGGCACACAUACGCCGUCUCUGGAGUGCCCCGAACGCUCAAUUGCCUGGACGGAAGAAAGGACGUACAUGAGGUAAUCCAGGAGGAGAUUACCGUGGCAGCAGGCCAGCAGCCAGUCAACUGGCAUAUUUCCAAACAUGGUUACGACCCAUAUACGGCUGAGGGCACGUGGAUAGUGUCCUUCCUUUAA